AUUGAGAGUGCCCUCCCUUGAAUCUACAGACUGUAUGUGUACAGCCGGAGGAGUGAAAGAUGGAGAGAAAUGUGGAGUGUCCGGUCUGUCAGAGGGAUUUCAGACAGUCACAGAUAGACAUCCACGUCAAUGAGUGUCUAAACACCACCACUACACCUGAUAAGAUAACUGACAGUCCAAAAAUAACAAACAAACGCAAAUCAAAUGACACAAAUGCAUGGGGGUGUUUGAAGCCUGGCAAGUCGGAGACCAGUCCUGUGCAGAAGAAACAGAAACUAACAACAACAGGUUCGAGUCCUAGGUCAACAGGAUCAAGAUGGACUCUUGAACAAAUCUACAUUAUUCUCGAAAGACGAAAACACAAAUCGUAGCGAAAGGAACGCCGCAGACAUUGAAUGUGUAGACAUUUUAAGAGACGUUGAUUACAAUAACAAACAGUCUAAUUCAGCUGUCACUGAUUGUAGUAUGAAAAAUAACACCUCCACGUUCAGUCCUCCUGGAAAGGAAACAAUCCACUCUCAUAUUCCCGAUAAGUCUGAUCAUCAAGAAAGUCAUUUCUCAGGUGAUGGAAAUGAGAAACUCUGAAAUUAAAUGUCAGUAUUCGUUUGACUGCCAACAGUAAGCCCUUGGCUGAACAGAUGCGACCGAAGAGCCUAGAUGGGUAUAUAGGACAAGACAAGGCGAUAGGGAAGAAGAGUCUGCUACGUUCCCUGUUACAGACAGACCAGAUUCCCUCCCUCAUACUGUGGGGACCCCCUGGAUGUGGGAAGACAACACUUGCCAAGAUAAUUGCACAGCAGUGUAAGUCUGGAAGUACUCUUAAAUUUGUCCAAAUGUCCGCAACAACAUCAGGAGUCAAUGAUGUUAAGGAGGCAGUCAAGGUGGCGAGGAAUGAUCAGAGGAUGCUGAGGAAAAAAACUGUUCUCUUUCUGGAUGAAAUCCACCGUUUCAACAAAACACAACAGGACUCCCUUCUGCCCCAUGUGGAAGAUGGCACCAUAAUUCUGAUAGGGGCUACCACAGAGAACCCAUCUUUCCAGGUAAACAGCGCCCUACUGAGUCGCUGUCGUGUCAUAACACUUGACAAACUGGAACCGUCAGACCUAGAGCAUAUCCUUACCAAGGCCGUACUUGCUGUGGGUGGAGGUAUCUUAACAGAAGGGUGUGGUCCAAAUGAAGGAGAGGUGUCUGAAUCUGACAGGAAACUUGUGUAUAUAGAACAGCAGGCACUGACAACUUUGUCUAAUUUAUGUGAUGGGGAUGCCAGGGCAGCCCUCAACAGUCUCCACAUGGCCCUACAGUCCCGCCUCUGUCAGCACAGCAGCCAAUCCAAGGACUCCUGUCAGUCAAUAAGGCGACCUGUUGUGACUUCUGCAGAUGUGAAGGAGGGCCUACAAAGAUCACAUGUCCUGUAUGACCGGGCUGGGGAGGAACAUUAUAACUGUAUAUCAGCUCUGCACAAAUCUAUUCGUGGUUCUGAUGCUACUGCUGCCCUCUAUUGGCUGGCCAGAAUGUUAGAAGGGGGAGAGAAUCCAUUGUAUGUUGCACGCAGAUUGAUCAGAGUGGCUAGUGAAGAUGUUGGUCUGUCUGAUCCUACGGCCCUGACCCAGGCUGUCUCUGCUUACCAGGCUUGCCAUCUGAUGGGGAUGCCAGAAUGUGAUGUGGUCCUAGCCCAGUGUACCUGUGUAUUGAGGAUUUAUACAUAUCUUACCAUGUUUAUAUACAGGUGGUCCUAGCCCAGUGUACCUAAUUUAUGUAUUGAGGAUUUAUACACAUCUUACCAUGUUUAUAUACAGGUGGUCCUAGCCCAGUGUACCUAUGUAUUGAGGAUUUAUACAUAUCUUACCAUGUUUAUAUACAGGUGGUCCUAGCCCAGUGUACCUGUGUAUUGAGGAUUUAUACAUAUCUUACCAUGUUUAUAUACAGGUGGUCCUAGCCCAGUGUACCUAUGUAUUGAGGAUUUAUACAUAUCUUACCAUGUUUAUAUACAGGUGGUCCUAGCCCAGUGUACCUGUGUAUUGAGGAUUUAUACAUAUCUUACCAUGUUUAUAUACAGGUGGUCCUAGCCCAGUGUACCUAAUUUAUGUAUUGAGGAUUUAUACAUAUCUUACCAUGUUUAUAUACAGGUGGUCCUAGUCCGGUGUACCUAAUUUAUGUAUUGAGGAUUUAUACAUAUCUUACCAUAUUUAUAUA